GGUCAAGAUGGAUAUAAAAGUCUGGGGGAGUAGCCUCUUUCCCUUUAUUUUAUGCCAAGAUCAAGGGCGCUGUGAUUCGUCAACUGCCCCACCAUGACAUGCAGGUGCGAGAGUUCUGUCCCAAUUGGGAUAGUGAAUCCACCAGACCUCAUCGAGACCCCGGGGGUGGGAUUUCUCCGGUCACAGACAGCGCUUGACCCCUUGUCGCGGAAUAGUGGGUCAUCGUCCUGCCAUCCCGCGUCAUUCCGAACGCGUUCAUCGGCUUAAACCCACCAUCUUCACAUUCUCUGUCGUUCAUCCAAGCCCACUGCCAACCAACGCGAUUUGAUUACUGAGAAUCCUAAGCCCAAUUCGAAUAGCCUGCUAUCUCUACUGGUAUUCUUAAACUACGCCGCCGGUAGACAGCCGGACCCGCCAUGGCCGCUCCUUCAACCGGAGGUCAUACGUGUGCUAUUUGCGGGAAGCAGUAUCAGAGAAGCGCUCAUCUACGCCGCCACGAAUCCACACACGUUGAAUCCGCUAGGUACAAGUGCCUGUACUGCGAAAAGGCAUUUGCCAGACGGUUCGUAUUAUCUUGCGCACAUCCAUGCUGAAAAUCCCACUAAAGUGCGACAGAGAUGUGUGCCGUAAGCACACA